AUGUACCGAGAAGGUGUAUUUUGUAUCAAAAAUAAAAGCCAGAACAAGAGGGAGACUAUUCCUGGUAUUGUCAUUAACUAUGCAGUUCUGGACGAAAUGACUCCUAAAUCAAAAAGGAAAAGCAUCCACAGUAGAAUGCUCCGACCAGUGUCCAGAGCUUUUGAAAUGGAAUUUGAUCUAGAUAAAGCACUGGAAGAAGUACCUAUCCAUAUAGAAGACCCACCAUUUCCUUCCAGCAGGCCAGACAAACGGACUUCUGGAUUCAUUUCAGAGCUGCCAUCAGAAGAAGGGAGGAAAUUGGAACAUUUUACAAAAUUAAGGCCCAAAAGGAAUAAAAAGCAGCAGCCCAGCCAAGCAGCAGUGUCUGCUGGAGUACCUCCAGAAGGGGAUCAGAAUGGCCUCAUGGGGAGAGUGGAUGAAGGUGUGGAUGAAUUUUUCACUAAGAAAGUGACAAAAAUGGAUUCAAAGAGACCAUCAACUAAAAGUUCAGACAGCAGUGAGCCCAGUGAAGGAGGUGAUGAAAAGAAGAAAAGGGACUCAAGGAAGAGUGGCUUCCUUAACUUAAUCAAAUCAAGAGGCUCCAAAUCUGAACGUCCCCAGACUGUGUCGGUGGCAGAGGAACCCUCCUCGCCCAAGGUUUCUGCAAAAGGUCCAGCUGUAGACACAAGCAAGAAGGAGGUAAAGCCUGCAGAGCAGAACGGUGGUACAGAGCGAUCUGAGGAAUUAAAGACACCAGACUCACUGGAGGAGGUGCAGCCAGAUGAUGUGGCAAAAACUGAGAGGGGUGACAGCAAAGGAAGCCCACAAGGAGGCCGGAGAUACGGUGUGCAAGUUAUGGGCAGUGGACUUCUUGCAGAAAUGAAAGCCAAGCAGGAGAAGAGAGCAGCCUCUGCUCAGAAGAAACUUGGGAAUGACAUGACUCCCAGAGACUCUCUUGACACAACAAUGAGCUCAGAACGACUGGAUGGAAGUGGUACAGUGCCUAAACUCCAGCAGACCCUUCCAGAGAAUCGGUUUGCAUCAAAUAAAGGUGACUCCAUCUCAGCAUCAGCAGAAAAAAAUUCAAAAGCUGAACCAAAGGCAGAAGCUGGCGCAAAGGCAAGAAGUUCUUCCAACACACCAACCAGCCCAAAGCCUCCACUGCAGUCCACAAAGCCCAGCCUGGCAGGACGACCCACAGUGCCGCAGAAACCACGCUCUGCCUCUCGUACUGAGGAUGCUCCAGAGUCUCCCUCCGGCCCCAGUUCACCAAAAGUUGCCCUACUUCCACCUGUGCUGAAGAAAGUUCCUUCUGAUAAAGAAAAGGAUGGUCAGAGCAGCCCCUCAGUCAGAUCAUUUUCUCAAGAAGCUGCAAAAAGAAGCCCUGGGCAACAGUCUCACGAGUUCCAGGAACUGAAGCAGAGGUCCUUAAGUAAAGAUGGCCAUCAGGGAAGCAAGUCCAGUGACUCUGGCGAAGAAGCAGAUAAAGAUUUUAUUUUUGUUUAGCAAUCAGUACAAGUGCUUCGUAGCGCAAGAGCUUUUUAUAACAAUUGGGGUUCAGCAAUCAACAGCCCUUCUAGCCAGCUGCUCUUUGACCACAGGUACAUUUCCACAGAGAAAACCUGAUCUUCCAAUCAUGAUUUACAGUACACUUGGCAUUGAUUCGGUCCUUAAUUUCUGUUCUGUACAACGCAGACAUUCCUUUCCAUGCCUUUGCCUAAAGCCAGCCAUUCUUUCAUGUAUUCUACUUGAAUUUCUCUGAAGCAGCUACAAAGAGUGCCCUGCAUUAGGGCAUUUAGAAAGCAAAGCAAAUUAACUGGACACUGUCUUACACUAAUACACUGUACAGCAGGUAAUGUGUUGUACUGCUGAAUGUAAAUGUGUCAGAUCUGCACGUGACUUACCUAUAAAUAUAUUCUUGCGGUAUGCAAUUGCACAUUGUAAUUAUAUUAAAAGAGCACACUAAUAAAAUAAUUUGUAUAGAUUAUAUAUAUUAAAUGCUUGGGUAUGGUUUUUACAUUCUCCCAUAGGGAGCUUCUUUCUUCCUGUUCUCCUACUGUACAUAAAGCUCCAGUGCUUACAUUUGUGUACCGUCAGAAAGCACAACAGAGAAGGAUUUGGAUGACAUAUAAUCAUGGUAUGCUUCCACGUUCAUAUAUUAAUGUAUAUAGUUGAUUGGAAUGAGGGCAAUUGAAAUUUUAUUAAUAUUGGUGUUUUCUAGAGGCCUUCCUCGGUUCUGUCUGCAUAUUAGCUUCCUUUCAAUGUGUAAUUCUAUAGUUCAACAUCUGUAAAAACAUUUCAGCUUUUGAGGAAGGGGAUGCAGAUUUCACAGCUACCCACUUACAUUACAGGUUGAAGGGAUUUUAUUCAUAUGUAUAUUUGUAACAAUAAAAAAAAAAGAUUUUACAACCAAAAUA